AUGGACAGAGACAAGAUAGAACAGCAGUACUUGAAAGUCACAAAAAUAUUCGCGAAUCUAGCUGGAACGUGGCCAUAUCAGAGACCUUUGUCAAAAUUAAUUAUAAUAAUCAUUUCUUCUCUUAUAACGAUACCAGCUAUCUAUACUCAGAUAGCCUAUAUCGCACUAGUUCGUGAACUGGAUGUCUUGAUGGAAGAAUUUCCUUUCAUCGCCGUAGGAAUGGGAAUACUCGUAAAACAAACCAAUUCUUUCAUCUACGGUUCGAGGCUUAAAUUGCUUUUGGAUGGAAUGUACGAGGACUGGACAGUAAACAAAUCAAAGGAAGAAAUCGUCAUUAUGAAGACAUACGCUGAAAGAGCAACCUAUUUUACGUCCUUCUAUGCAAUAACUGCUAUAUUUACCACGGUAUUUUUCAUUAACAUGCCUCUCAAAUCUCGUAUUUUGGACAAACUGAUACCGCUAAAUGAAUCACGAGAUCCAUUGUACAUGUAUGAGCCUUACUAUGGGUGGGACGAAGAGAAAUACUUCUACGUUACGGUGACCCAUAUGUCUAUUUUCGUGAUAUUAAUACUGUUCGUCUUCACUGCCGUUGAUACGAUUUUCAUAUACUUUGUGCAACACGCUUGCGGACUUCUGGAAGUAUCCGGACAUCGUUUCAAACACGCGAUCGAAGACUUUUCCAGCUGUGAAAAGAAAAUUAUGGAUCCACCCCAAGAACUGUCAAUAAUGGAAAUCAAUGGAGACACCGAGUGUUGCUUCCACUGCGUUUUCUUAUUCGUUCAGUUGAUGCAUAUGUUUUUUACGGUGCUACAAGGGCAGUUCGUGAUUAAUGCCAUCGACGAUGUCUAUGACCAUAUAUACGAAGCACUGUGGUACAAUGUACCGCCCAAAACGCAAGCAUUGUAUCUAUUAGCGUUAAGAAGAACCCUAACUCCACCUGAAAUAUCAGCCGCCGGAGUAGUUACAUUCAACUUGCAGAGCUUUUCAGCUAUCAUAAAGACUUCCGUUUCAUAUUUUAUGGUACUGAAGAACACCUGAAUGGUUAAUUGAACCAACAGAAUAUUUAUAAAAUAAGGUGCACGACAAACACGUUACUAAAACAACUGUUAGACACGAGACAAAAUUUAAAAUCGAACCUGAUUAUAAUUUGUUA